CCAGGGAAAAGGCCCGUCUGUUUCUACGGCAUGUGGAGAGCCAUGCUGCUGUUGGUUUGUGUUUGCACAUGGCUGACAGCCCAGACCCAGGGAGCUCUGGUUGUUUCCCACAGAGAUGCUCUGACAGAGGACACCAAAGAAACAACGGGCAUCAGGUCAAUAAAGAAAAGAAGCACAAACUCUGAAAACGUGGAGGUGUACAGUCUGAAGGUGCACUGCACUGUGGCUUCCCGUUUCGCCCACACAGUCAUGACCUCUACGGCUCUGAACAAAGCAAACACCUCCCAGGAAAUCUUUUUCGAAGUGGAGCUACCAAAGACCGCCUUCAUAAGCAACUUCAGCAUGGAAAUCGAAGGUCAGGUGUACACUGGGGUAGUGAAGGAGAAAGAGAAAGCCAAGAAACAGUAUGACAAGGCUGUUUCCUCAGGAAAAACUGCUGGACUGGUCAAGGCCUCUGGGAGAAACAUGGAGAAGUUUUCGGUGUCGGUCAACAUUGCCAGUAAUAGCAGCGUGACCUUCACUCUGACGUACGAGGAACUCCUGAAGAGGAAUUUUGGACACUACGAGAUUUUGACCAGAGUUAAACCAAAACAACCAGUGCAGGAGUUUCAGAUUGUGACCAACAUCUACGAGCCCCAGGGCAUUGCAUUUGUUGAGGCCACUGCAACUUUCCUCACCAAUGACCUGGUCCCACUGGUGGAUAAAACUGUCACAGACACAAAGGCACACAUCUCUUUCUCACCAACUCCGGAGCAGCAGAGGAAAUGUCCCGGGUGUGAAGGGACCUUAAUUGAUGGCGAUUUUAUCAUCAAGUAUGAUGUGACACGAGAGAAGAGCCUGGGGCAGGUUCAGAUUGUGAAUGGAUACUUUGUGCACUUCUUUGCUCCACCUGACCUGCCCAGAGUCCCAAAGAACGUGGUGUUUGUGAUCGACAGGAGCGGAUCAAUGUCUGGAAGAAAGAUUCAACAGACCCGGGAUGCGAUGGUUUCCAUCCUGAAAGAGCUCCACAAGGAGGACCACUUUGCUAUUAUCCUGUUUGAUGAUCAAAUAAUCACCUGGAAGAACAAUCUUACCAAAGCAUCAGAGGGAAAUGUGUCUAAAGCCAUCAGUUACAUCAGGAAGUUAAAGGACAGCGGAUCCACUAAUAUUAAUAGUGCCGUGUUAAGAGCAGUGAGGAUGCUGGUGAGAGAAAGAGAAAAGAAGAACCUACCAGAGAGGAGCACAGAUAUGGUUAUUCUACUGACAGAUGGGAUGCCAAACAGCGGAGAGUCUAACGUGGAGAAGAUUCAGGAGAAUGUGCGCUCUGCUAUCGGAGGGAAAAUGUCCUUAUUCAGUCUUGGAUUUGGAAAUGAUGUACGUUACUCCUUCCUUGAUGUGAUGAGCAGACAAAACAAAGGACUGGCCCGCAGAAUUUUUGAGGGUUCAGAUGCAUCACUUCAGCUACAGGGUUUCUAUGAGGAGGUGUCCAGUCCUCUGCUAUUGGACGUGGACCUGCGUUAUCCUGACAACGCGGUGGAGGCCUUGACCAAAAAACAGUACAGCCAGUUGUUUAACGGCUCAGAGAUUGUAGUAAGUGGUCGGGUAACGGACAAUAACCUGGAUAACUUCUUGGUGGAAGUGUUUGCCAAGGGGCCUGAGGAGGAUUUCUCAGUGCAGGGAAAGGCCAGUGCACUAGACUUUGACGUGGUCUACCCAGACCAGGACUACAUUUUUGGGGACUUCUCAGAGCGUCUGUGGGCUUAUAUCACCAUCCAGCAGCUUCUAGAGAAAAGUGAUAUCGGAUCUCAGGAGGAGAAAGACAACACCACAGCAAAGGUCUUGGAAAUGGCUCUGCGAUACAACUUUGUCACCCCUCUCACCUCCAUGGUAGUCACCAAGCCUGAAACUGAGGAUGGAGCAGACAGCCCGCUCAUCGCUGACAAACUCACUGAAGAUCAGCGCCAGAAAGCAGAAAGGAGCAGAGGUUCCUUUGCUCAGAGUACAGGCACAAGUAGACACUCACCCGUAUCUUUAGCGAAGACCUUCAGCUCCAGACGUUCCAAAGUCCGUCUCUCCAGACCUGUCACCCAAUUUGAUGCGGAUGGUGAUCCCCAUUUCACGAUCGAGCUCCCAGACAGAGACGCUCUGUGCUUCAACAUCAACGACAAACCAGGAACCAUUUUCAACCUGGUCAGAGACCCAGAAUCAGGUUUUGUUGUUAAUGGACAAAUUAUUGGCAAGAAGUUGACAGAUCAUGGUGGAAACAUCAACACCUACUUUGGCCGUUUUGGUAUCAUCCACCAGAAGCUGGGGGUGAGCCUGGAAGUGAGCACUCAGGACAUCUCAGUGAUCCACAAUGGGAAAAAGGCAGAGCUGCAGUGGUCUGAAAUGGCCUCAAUCAAAGAAACAGAUCUGGACCUUAGGUUGACCAAGAACUUCAGUCUGACAGUGACUCUGAGGCACUCAGUGAAAUUUAUGAUCAUUAGACACACUAAGGUCUGGAAGAGGCGCCACGACCAGCAAGACUUCCUAGGUUUCUACACCCUGGACAGCCACCAUUUGUCUGCCUCAGUGCAUGGUCUACUAGGUCAGUUUUACCAUGGGGUUGACUUUGAGGUGACAGACAUACACUCAGAUGAGCUCGAGGAAAAUGAAUAUGCCACCAUGUAUGUGAAGGGGCAAACACUCAAUGUGACCAGGCACUGGCAGAAAGACCUCAGCCAGGAUCUGAAGAAUGGGGAAAUAAUUCCCUGCUGGUUUGUUGAUCGAGAUGGGGCAGGCCUCAUUGAUGACACAGCCUCAGACUACAUUGUGUCAGGGCUUUUUAAGACGACUUUUUGAAUGUUGAAAAUUAAGAUAUCCAAGUGGCAUGUUCAGGGGCCAUGUCAUGAUGGUGCCAGUGCUGUGAGAUGAGAGAGAGCAGAUUUCUUUGAGUCAGUUUACCUUCAUUCACAAAUUACACACACGCAGCAAACUAUAUCAAAACUAGGAUUUUAACAUCUUCAUUAAAUAGUAAAACUAAACACUAAAUCAGCAUUAAACAACACGGUCCAGUUUAUUUGAAUCUUAUCAGUGGUCAUUUACUAGUAUGUGAAAUUUUAACUAGCAAUGUGUACUAUUAUAUAAAUGUUACCUUACAAGAAAAAGUGUUUCACAGAGUAAUGGCUCCCAGUGGGUCUAGCCUCCAGACCAACCAUCACCUCUUAAAUAAGAAAUCACAGAGAGGGAUCUGGCUGCAGACCACAAAUCCCAGACUCCACAUCUCACAGACCAUUACUGUAAGACACUGCAUCUAUCAGAAUGGAAAUACAUGCUAAACUUUCAAAAUUGAAUCGGAUAAAACUUUCAGCUGGGUUAGGGUAAGGGUGAAGGUAAGGGUUAGGAUACCAAAAGUUUAUAGAGUGUAACCCGACCUGCAAAACCUGAUUACAAAUAGUUUAAUAAAGGUAGGUUAACAGUCUGCUUAUAGGAAGAACGCUGCCCUCCAUAAAAACAUUAUAAUAUAACAAACGUAGCUUCCUUAGUUGCAUAAGCUAUGUAGAUAACAUAGCUACAUAGCUCAUGUAGCUUAAGCCAAAGCUUAUGAAGCUCAUGGAUAUACUAACAAAACUGCAAAGCUAACAUUUACUACAUAAGCUUGUUAUCUACAUAAUCUACAUUACUUUAAGCUAUGUUUGCUAAUGCUCAUGUUGCUAAAGCUAACUUAGCUACGUAACAUUAGCUAUGUAGUUGGUGAAGCUAUGUUAGCUUUGGCUAAAGCUAAUGAAGCUGAAGCAAGCAACCGCUGGUGUAUCUACUUCUAAAACAGAUCCAUUCAUAUUUUACCUGUGGGUUAGACCCAUGACAUUUUCUCUGUUUUAUUUAUGUAAUGUUGCUUAGUCUGUAAUGACCGCAGUGUAAUUAUUUUAUGAAUGUAACUGCCAGACUUUGUUUAUGAAUAAAGUUUACCACCACCUCCCCCCAAAAAGAAAAAAAAAAUCUGGAAAAAGUUGUACUGGCAAAUUCCGGCACCUCCAUCCUGACAGAGGAGGCGGUGUCUCACAGCAGCUGUCUGUGAUAGGGGACAUCUGAGAUCUUUAGUCUUUGUCUUGAAGUCAUGACCCACAACUCUGAAAAUUUUCAUUGAAUGAAACACGAGGUAGUUUGGAGCCGUAACGGAACAAACGCAUUUGAACAAAGAGACAGGACAAAACAUACAUUUUUAAAAGAGCAUCAAUACAGGAGCCAGAGAAUAUGUGCAUUCUCUAUGUUUUACUCUUUACUGUGAUCACAUGUAAAUUUCAGUUGUUUUAUGAAGAGCUAAAGAAACUAACACAUUCUCACAGGUGAAACAGCUUUCAUUAUGUCUCUCAAGAUAAUGAGAUAAAUAAGUUGAGAUCUCCUGAAAUAACCUACAUUUCCUGGUUAUGACUUCAAAAUAAAGUACAAUGUAAAUAUACAGCCAUGUGCAUCAGUCCUGGGCAUGUAGAUUGCCAAGGAUUCAUCACGGGGCUUAAUAUGCCACAACCUGGGGCUGAAAAGGAGAUUGGGGCAGCCAGAGUUAAGCUCUACACUUUCACACAUAUGUGUGUUAAUUGGCAGUGAAGGUCAAGCUCAACAGCAUCUCUUUUGUCUGGGCCUUUUCACUUGUAGUAAUAUGCCUGGAGACAGCUGGUGGUUUUUGGGUGCAUGGGACAACCUUAGCAUGGCCAGAGGCCUGUGGCAACCCUACAACCCGCCGGGACAGUACCCCAGGUCAUGCUUACUCACUACAUCCAUCCCUUAAGGCCUUUACACAUUGAGGGCGAUGUAAACAAACAGCACGAAAACUCAGAGUCAAAUUUUGUUGUGCCUUUCCAUGCACAUCUGGAGCAAUGUGAUUUUCCAAAUGAAUUCUACACAUUCUGAAAAUCAUUUGUUCUGCAAAAGUCUACAGUGUGUUUCUCUCUGCCCUCUGAUAAACAGUGAUAUACAGUGUAUUGGAGCAGAAGAUAAAAUGAGGUCUCUGCCUCUCUCUUCUCUUGUCUAUGCGAAAAGGCAUGGGUACACACAGCCAGGAGGUCAGUAUGCUGUUUUUUUUUUCUCGGCAACAACCAGUGUUUUGAUUGGCCAGAUGUGUGCUCAUCUGGAGGUGAACUUUCAAAAUCAACCAUAGUUUGAAACUAGAAUAGCCGCCUGAGGCAGCAGACCCACGCCUAAGCAGCGCCACAGAGGAACUUACGCUCCCAUUGAUUACUAUGGUGUUCAAAAUUUCAAAGUCCGAGAAAAAUAGGUGCGCAGAUCAUCACCAAAAUCUAAUCGA